AUGCAGCCCAUUGCCCUCUUUGGAAUUCUGCUGCUUUUCUCUCCGCAAGCACAGGCCGCACCAUCGUCGCUUCACUCUCACCUCCAGCGCCACAGAGAACGCGCCGCAACACACGCUCACUUGAGCCAUCAACACGUAAAGUUAAACAAAAAAGUCGAGCCCGAGCCAGAAGCAAUGAAGACUUUCAGAGACAUCGUGCCAUUAUUUCAAAACCUCAUUGCCACGGACAAGCCAUCAGCACCGUCGCCAUACGUUGAAUCAACAGUGACGCCUCCUUCUCCUCCAACAAAGCAUGACGGUGCAUCAGACCAUGUCGACUCAGACUCCGACGAUUCACAGCUACGGGUGGUGAGGACGAAUUCAGUCCGCAAGCAAACGUUGCCCGACCGGGCCAAGCUGGCGGCAAUGGGUCGAGGGCAAAGCCGCGUGAGGUCGGUCGCGGAUGUGAUUGACAGCCGGCACGCUGACUCUGCGAUGCGAUUGCUGCGUGCUCACGCUGUUGUCAAGCAUAACAGAUUUCAGCGUGAGAUUUGA